AUGGGAGCAGCUGGAGACCGUUUUGAGCCAUCUUACGAGUGGCUACGUGAACAAAGACAUGACCUUCUCUUAGUUCAUCUCCCACCUGAAUUCAAGGAUAAAGAAGGAUUGAAGGUACGAAUCAGCAGCUUUGGAGGCUUAAAGAUUUCUGGUGAUCGCCGAGUUAAUAGAAAACGAUUGACAUUUUUCAAGGAAUUUUCAGUAUGGAAGAAUUAUGAAACAGAUGAAAUCCAGGCUGAGUUUGAGAAAGGCGUUCUUACGAUUACAUUGCCAAAGAAAAUUACUAAACCAAACCUAGAUGAUGAUAAAGAAAAAGGAUCAACCGAAGCAUCAAAGGAAUCAAGAUUAAACAAGUUCACAAAGGUGGUUUUGGGUAUUGCAGCUGCGGUUCUUGUGGUUACUGCCCUCACUGGUUUUGCUUACUAUACUUUUACGUUUACAAUAACUGAAGACUAA